AUGUCGUCCGCGAUGUCCCGCGCGAUCCGGGCAUGCGCGGCCGGGGCGUCGAGGAGGGGCCUGGCGUCCGUGGAGGCGAUGGGGGCGGCCAAGGGGGCGCCGCCCGCGGCCGGGCGCGGGCGCGGCGGCCCGGGGCCCGUGGAGGACGGGGCGCGGGUGCAGUGGGUGUUCCUCGGCUGCCCCGGGGUCGGCAAGGGCACCUACGCUGGCCGCCUCUCGCGGCUGCUCGGCGUGCCCCACAUCGCCACCGGCGACCUCGUCCGCGACGAGCUCGCCUCCUCAGGCCCGCUCGCCAAGCAGCUUUCGGAGAUUGUGAAUCAUGGAAAACUGGUGUCUGAUGAGAUCAUCAUAAAUCUGCUGUCAAAGCGCCUUGAGGAGGGAGGAGACAAGGGUGAAUUAGGGUUCAUACUUGAUGGUUUUCCAAGAACUAUAAGACAAGCGGAAAUACUGGAGGGAGUCACAGAUAUUGAUUUGGUGAUCAAUCUCAAACUUCGAGAAGAGGCUCUGCUUGCAAAAUGCGUUGGUAGAAGGAAGUGCAGCCAGUGUGGAGGAAACUUCAAUGUGGCCUCCAUUGACAUUGAGGGUGAGAAUGGUGGGCCUCGAAUGUAUAUGCCUCCACUACUACCUCCUCCACAGUGCGAAUCGAAGUUAAUUACCAGAGCAGAUGAUACUGAAGAGGUGGUAAAGGAGCGAUUGCGUGUUUACCAUGAUUUGUGUGAACCAGUGGAGGAUUUCUACAGAGCACGGGGGAAACUCUUGGAGUUCGAUUUACCAGGAGGAAUCCCCGAAUCAUGGCCGAAGCUGCUCCAAGCUUUGAAUAUAGAAGAAGAUCCUGAUAACAAUAGAUCUGCAGCAGCAUAA